AUCACAAGCAACUGGAUCAUUCCAUUAAGACUACUUCUAAGAUCACAUUGAUCUAGACAUUUGUUAUACUUUUUUGCAUUUUGUCAACUGAAAUUUUAGACAACAGAGACUAUUUAACGUUUUAAUACGUUAUAAUUUUUUACAUCAGUUGGAGGAAUGAACGCUAUGGAUAACAUGACUUAUGAUUUCAGCCAAGAUGACUACGAGGAGUCUGCAAAUAACUCAAUGUGUGACUUUGAUGAGUGGGAACCAUCAUAUUCUUUGAUUCCAGUGCUCUACAUGCUUAUCUUCAUCCUGGGCCUCACUGGCAAUGGUGUGGUGAUCUUCACCGUAUGGCGGGCCCAGUCCAAGCGUAGAGCUGCCGACGUCUACAUUGGAAACCUGGCUCUCGCUGACCUGACCUUUGUGGUUACACUACCCCUGUGGGCCGUCUACACAGCCCUGGGCUACCACUGGCCCUUCGGUGUGGCCCUCUGCAAGAUCAGCAGCUAUGUGGUGUUGCUCAACAUGUACGCUAGCGUCUUCUGCCUCACCUGUCUGAGCCUGGACCGCUACAUGGCCAUCGUUCACUCCCUAACCAGCACACAGCUCCGUACCAGAGGACACAUGAGGGCAUCGCUGGCUGCAAUCUGGUUUCUCUCAGGUGUGUUUGCUUCACCCACUCUGCUGUUCCGUACUACUGUGUAUGACAUCGAAACCAACCUCACUUCCUGUGCCAUGGACUUCAGCCUGGUGGUGAGUAAACAAGGCCAGGAGGUGUUCUGGAUUGCCGGCCUCAGUAUCUCCUCCACGGCUCUGGGCUUCCUGAUCCCCCUUCUGGCCAUGAUGGUGUGCUACGGAUUCAUCGGCUGCACCGUGACACGUCACUUCAACAGCCUGCGCAAGGAGGACCAGCGCAAGCGUCGCCUGCUGAAGAUCAUUACCACAUUGGUGGUGGUCUUUGCUGCCUGCUGGAUGCCAUUCCAUGUUGUGAAGACCAUGGACUCACUCUCGUAUCUGAAUCUGGCACCUGACUCCUGCACCUUCCUGAAUCUUCUACUGCUGGCCCAUCCCUAUGCCACUUGCUUGGCCUAUGUCAACAGCUGCCUUAACCCACUCCUCUAUGCCUUUUUUGACCUUCGCUUCCGUUCCCAGUGCCUCUGCCUCUUGAACCUGAAGAAAGCUCUGCACGCCAGUCCACCCAGCUCCCUUUCUUCACAGAAAACUGAAGCCCAAUCGCUGGCUACCAAGGUGUGAGAAGAUGUGUGGAAGGGUGACACAGAAUCGGGGGUAAACAAGUUGGCAACUACCCUCAAACUGUCAAAUCCUUCCCUUAUUGGGGACAAACAGACUUUCCUUUUGUAUCUGACUGUGGGAACUUGAGGAAUCGGCUUAUUUUGUCCUGCAACUACACUUUGGUACUCUAUGAACUAAGAGUAACAAAUGUAGAACAUUCUGGUUCUGAGGAACUGAUGCAGUCACUUUGUGCUGGUGUCUUUAAGAACAGAUGCAGACUCACAGAGAUGGAGCUCUUGAAAACACAUCCAGAGAGCAGUUCCCCUUCCGACAGCUGCACUCCAGACGUGUGGAGUUGAAUGUAUGGGUUUUUGCUGCACUCCGCGUCUGCACCUCAUAUUGCUGCCUUUGGAGACUGAGGUUCAUAGACUUAGUUGGAGUUGCAGGGGAGGGCGGUGGGUGGUCCACGGAAGGGUUUUGAGAGCAAUUUGUGAAGUCUUUACUUUUGACACUGCAUAAGUGUAUGUAACCAUGCUUGUUUUUUAUUUUUCAAUUGGUUGUUUAUUUUUGUCCUUUUAGCACUUGUUAAUAAGUGACAGAGAUAAGAACUCUGUUGGCCAGUCGGUCUAAUCUUAACCGUUAC